AUGGGCUUUGAGUUCUGGAUGCUGGCGUUGUGUGCCCUGCUGCUGCUAGUCUUGGGCCUGCUGAGCUUCCGGUGGCUGGAUAGUGACCUGACACUGCUGCGGGCUGCUUGGAUGGGCCGGUGUCCUGAACAGGCACUGGCUGACAAGGUGGUGUGGAUUACUGGAGCAUCAAGUGGCAUUGGUGAGGAGCUGGCUUUCCAGUUAUCUAAACUCAGGGUCUGUCUGGUGCUGUCAGCCCGAAGGGGGCAGGAGCUGGCGCGGGUGAAGAGAAGAUGCCUGGAGAAUGGCAACCUAAAAGAAAAAGACAUCCUGGUUUUGCCCCUUGACCUGGCUGACACCACUUCCCAUGACAUUGCUACCAAAACCGUUCUCCAGGAGUUUGGGAGAAUUGACAUUCUGGUCAACAAUGGUGGAGUAGUCCAUGCUUCCCUUUUUGAAAAUACCAACCUGGAUAUCUUCAAGGUGCUGAUAGAGGUGAACUACUUUGGGACAGUGUCAUUGACCAAGUGUGUUCUACCUCAUAUGAUGAAGAGAAAGCAAGGAAAGAUUGUGGUUGUGAAUAGCCUUGGGGGAAUUGUACCCUGCCCUCUUUGCAGUGGGUACAUUGCCAGCAAAUUUGCUCUGCGGGGGUUUGUUGAUGCACUUCGAACUGAACUUUUUGACUAUCCAGGUAUAAGGUUGUCUACGAUUUGCCCAGGACAUGUGCAUUCGAAUAUUUUCCAGAAUUUUAUAACUGGAGAGUUCCCUAAGACCAGACUGCCUAAGAUUCCGCUAUUCAAGAUGGAAACAAGCCGUUGUGUGCAGCUAAUCCUUGUCUCCCUGGCCAAUGAUCUGGAGGAAGUCUGGAUAGCUAAUCAGCCUGUCUUGCUUCAGGCAUAUGUGUGGCAGUAUGUGCCAUUCCGGGACUGGAUACUUCAAGGACGCUAUGGAAAAUAUAUAUCGAAAGCUCUAGGUAUAACAUGGUAUGUGUGA